AUGGGAGCAGCUCAAGCAUCGAAAGCAUCCAAUGUUAUAAACAGAUCUAUCGUUUGGCUUGAUGCCUCUGUUAAUGAUACACAGGAAAAUAUCAACGCUCAACAAUUACUUCGUACACCAAUGAAUCAUUUAAAAACAUAUAAAGAUGAUCAUGAAUGUGAAAAGUAUAUUCAAUCUGUGCCAAAAGGACAUCGAAUCAUCCUCAUCGUCGGUGGUCGUCUCGGUCAGUUAAUUGUGCCUCGUAUCCAUCAACUUUUUCAAAUUUCAUCAAUCUUUGUUUAUUGUAUGGAUAAAAGAAAUCAAGAAUGGACAAACGCAUAUAAGAAAGUCAAAGGCGUCAUCGAAGAAUUAAAUGAACUGAUUCUUCAAGUUCUAGCAGCUCAAGAAAAACAAACAAGCCAUGAUAGAUUUGAACAACCACUUUCAAUCAAUAUUUUCAAUACAGUUAAUGCCGGUCGGGAAAAAUCGACGAGUGAACUCAAUGGACAAUUUGUUCAUUCGCAAAUACUAAUCGAUUGUUUACUUCGAAUGAGAUCUUCUUCGACAGAUAGACAUGAUUUUCUUACUUAUUGUAAAAAAGAAUAUGCAAAUGAUAAUUCACAAUUAAAUUUUAUUCGUGAGUUUGAACAUGAUUAUGCAGCUAGUUCUGCUCUGACAUGGUAUACAAGAGAUUGUUUUCUCUAUAAGUUAUUAAACAAAGCUCUUCGUACGCAAAAUAUUGAUUUACUCUAUUUAUAUGGUUUUUUUAUUCGUGAUCUUUAUCAACAACUCAAGCGAAAUCAAUAUCCAGCGCCUAUUCAUCUUUAUCGUGGUCAGUUAAUGUCAAAAAAGGAAGUGCAACAGCUGAGAAAUUUUAUAGGACAACUGAUCUCAAUGAAUUCGUUCCUUUCAACGACUACUGAUCGUGAGGUUGCGAUAAUAUUUUCUGGUAAUGAUGGAGUAUUGAAUAAUGAUAUCCAACCAGUAUUAUUUGAGAUACAAGCUGAUCCAGAUAUUGGCGGUAUUAAACCAUUUGCUGAUAUAACUUCAUUUAGUUACAUGGAAGAUGAAGAAGAAGUAUUAAUGAUGUUAGGUGCCAUCUUUCGAAUUGUUCAUAUUCGUGAUGAAAGUCAGUUGUGUAUUAUUCAAUUAGUAUUAUGUAGUGAAAAUGGUCAUGAUGUCAAACCAAUCUUCGAUCAAAUGAAGAACGAUUAUCAUGGUGAUGGAAAUACAAAUGCUGGUGUAUUCGGUAUUGUACUAUCGAACAUGGGAAAAUUCGAUGAAGCAGAAAAAUACCUUCUUCGUUCGCUUGAUGAAUCACCUCCUGAACAUCACACGGAAGACACUAAUGCAUACAAUCUUAGUGUUUAUUAUGUGAAUCUCGAUAUUGAAGCUAAUAUGAAAAGUUCAUUACUUUUUCCUGAAACAAUUGAAUGUAUUAAUACUAUAUUCGAAAGAUUGGAAAAAAUAAAUAAUAAAAAUGAUCCAUUUAUUAGCAUAGUUAGUCAAUGGUAUGAUAAUCUCUCUAGUUUCUUAAAUGUUCAUCCUGAAUUUGAAAUACUCACUAUUAUCAUUCAUAUCAAUCAUUAUAUAGCACGUAAUUAUGUUAUGACUGAUCAAUAUAAAUUCUAUUUAAAUCACUUUCGUCAAUCAUCAUUAUCACAAUCGAUAUUUACUGUUAAACGAUUAUUUUAUAUUAAAACAUGUUCAUUUUUUUUAGGUGUAUAUUUAUUUGUAAAAGGUCCAGAUUUUUUUUAUCCUUCUGAAGAAUUGAUUCCUCAUUUUGGUAUUGAUUAUGUACAAACGAUUCUUCUUCAUACUUAUACUAUAGAAUCCUGGAAUAUAAUUUUAUAUCGUUUAUUAAUUAUAACACAAAAUGGAGAUUUUCUUUGGUUUUUACGUUCAAAAAUUUUACUAACAAAUACAUUAUUAACUAUUGUUAAAAUCUUACUUUGUGAUAAAAUGCGUGUAGAUGUAUAUAUACAAUAA